GGCGGAAGCAAGUUUUGCAAUAUGGCGGCAGAGGUGGAUGGGCUGCUGAAACGGGUUCUGGUGCCGAUUCUUCUACAUGAGAAAUGCUACGACCAACUUUUUGUCCAGUGGGACUUGCUUCACGUCCCCUGCCUCAAGAUUCUCCUCAGCAAAGUCCUGGGGCUAGGCAUUGUGUCUGGGUCACUUCUGGUUAAACUGCCCCAAGUGUUUAAAAUCGUGGGAGCCAAGAGUGCUGAAGGGCUGAGUCUUCAGUCAGUAAUGCUGGAGUUAGUGGCCUUGACUGGGACCAUAGUCUACAGCAUCACCAACAACUUCCCCUUCAGCUCUUGGGGCGAAGCCCUGUUCCUGAUGCUCCAGACCAUCACCAUCUGCUUCCUGAUCCUUCACUACCGAGGACAGACUGUGAAAGGUGUUGCUCUCCUAGCCUGCUAUGCCCUGGUCCUGUUGGUGCUGCUCUCACCGUUGAUGCCCCUGGCUGUGGUCACCCUGCUCCAGGCCUCCAACGUGCCUGCUGUGGUGAUGGGGAGGCUGCUCCAGGCAGCCACCAACUACCACAAUGGGCACACGGGUCAACUCUCAGCCAUCACAGUCUUUCUGCUGUUUGGGGGCUCUCUGGCCCGGAUCUUCACUUCCAUUCAGGAAACUGGAGACCCCCUCAUGGCUGGAACUUUUGUGGUCUCCUCCCUCUGCAACGGCCUCAUUGCAGCCCAGCUCCUCUAUUACUGGAAUGUAAAGGCUCCCCACAAGGAGAAAAAGGAACAGUAG